AGACCGUGUGUUUGAUGUAGCCAGAGCAUUCCCACUUGCUUUGGAUGUUGGCUGUGGAAAAGGCUACAUAGCCCAGUAUUUAAACAAGGGAACGGUUCUAAAACUUGUGCAAGUAGAUAUUGCAGAGAAUGCAUUGAAAACUCCUAUGGAAACUGAAAUCCCCACUGUCAGUAUUGUAGCUGAUGAAGAAUUCCUUCCGUUCAGAGAAAACACAUUUGAGCUUGUUGUUAGCAGUUUAAGCUUGCAUUGGGUGAAUGACCUUCCUAGAGCUUUUAGAGAGAUUCAUCAAGUCCUUAAACCGGAUGGAGUAUUUAUUGGUGCCAUGUUUGGAGGAGACACUCUGUAUGAGCUUCGUUGCUCUCUGCAACUAGCAGAACUAGAAAGAGAGGGAGGAUUUUCUCCACAUGUCUCCCCCUUCACUGCUGUCUCUGACUUGGGACAUCUGCUUGGAAGAGCUGGCUUUAACACUCUGACUGUGGAUACUGAUGAAAUUCAAGUAAAUUAUCCAGGGAUAUUUGAGCUCAUGGAAGACUUGCAAGGUAUGGGGGAGAGUAACUGCUCUUGGAAUAGAAAACCUCUGCUUCACAGAGAAACUAUGUUGGCAGCGGCAGCAAUAUAUCAAGAAAUGUAUGGAAAUAAUGAUGGCUCCAUACCUGCCACAUUUCAGGUCUAUUACAUGAUAGGCUGGAAAUUCCAUGUAUCACAGGCAAGGCCAGCCCAGAGAGGUUCUUCAACAGUGUCACUUGGAGAUCUGGCAAAAAUAAAUUUUUCAGGGGGGAAAAAUUAGCCAGUCAUCAAAAGUCUGCAGGUAGAAGCAUUGCCAGCAAUUGUUGAAAGUCUCAUGUAUGGCCUGUAUCUGAAAGGAAGUGAAGAAGAGAAUGUAGCUCCUGAAGAGAGAGUGCCUGCCUGAGAGAUCCUGCUUAAAAUCCUCUACAAUUAAACGCUAUUUAUUUAAGAUCCUGUUUGUUUUCUUGCAUCAUUGGUCUCAAGAACAAAUGGGAGCAGGCUGCACCACUGCAGAAAAGUACUAGUCCAGUGAAAUUGCCAGUGUAAUAUUUCAUGUGAUGAUUUGAGCAGAGUUGGAUCUGAGAAGCAUGGCAGUGCUAUUACCCUGCACCCCUACUCGUGUUCCGACGUGCUAAAAACAAAUUCUUAA